AACAACAACAACAACGACAACGAAAUGGAUGCAGAGUCUACGUUCCAGCAGAGUCCAAUCCAGAAUCGGACCAUGACAGGACCCAUCCAGGAGGCUGCAGAGACAGGACGAGGUGGAUGUGGAUCAGUAGAAGUGGCAGGAAAAUCCAUACGGAAGCAACCCCAAGACGAGAACGAACAUGGGGAGUACCAUCCGCCCACAAGCUACCUGGAGACGAUUGUGCACCUGUUCAAGGGAAACAUUGGACCCGGGCUGUUUGCCAUGGGCGAUGCCUUCAAGAAUGGCGGUUUAAUUGUGGCACCACUGCUGACGGUGGUAAUUGCCGUAGUGUCGAUCCACUGCCAGCAUGUGCUCAUCGCCUGCUCCAAGAAGAUGCGCGAUCUGCGCGGUGAUGCUGUGUGCGCGGACUAUGCCCAGACGGUGGAACAGUGCUUCGAGAACGGACCGAUGAAGCUGAGGGGUUGGUCACGGACCAUGGGCCGGUUGGUGGACAUUUUCAUCUGUGUGACACAGCUGGGCUUCUGCUGCAUCUACUUUGUGUUCAUCAGCACGAAUGUGAAGCAGAUCCUACAAGCGUACAACAUUGACAUGGAUGUCCAUCUGGUGAUGCUGCUGGCAUUGGUGCCCGUUCUACUGAGCUCCCUGAUCACGAACCUCAAGUGGCUAACGCCCGUCUCGAUGAUAGCCAAUGUUUGCAUGGUCCUGGGCCUGGCCAUCACCCUCUACUAUGCUCUAAAGGACGGACUGCCGGAGGUUAAGGAGCGCGCCUAUUGGACAAGCGGCUCCCAGUUGGCUCUCUUCUUUGGCACCGCCAUCUUUGCCUUUGAGGGCAUUGCACUGGUGAUGCCACUAAAGAAUGCGAUGCGAAAGCCAAGCCAAUUCGAGAGCCGACUGGGGGUCCUCAAUGUGGGCAUGUUUCUGGUCUCCGUCAUGUUCAUGUUUGCCGGCUCCGUUGGCUAUAUGAAGUGGGGCGAGGAGGUCGGCGGCAGUCUCACACUCAAUCUUGGCGAUACCAUUCUGGCACAGGCCGUCAAGCUGAUGGUCUCCACGGGCGUCCUCUUGGGUUAUCCCCUGCAGUUCUUUGUGGCCAUCCAGAUCAUGUGGCCCAAUGCCAAGCAGUUGUGUGGCAUCUCGGGCCGCUCGCUGGUCGGCGAGCUCUCCUUCCGCACCAUCAUGGUGAUCGUUACGCUGGCCAUCGCUGAGAUGGUGCCCGCAUUGGGAUUGUUCAUCUCCCUGAUUGGUGCUUUGUGCUCCACGGCCCUGGCCUUGGUAUUUCCACCUGUGAUCGAGCUGAUUGCCAGCAGUGAGCCAAACAAGGGACCUGGCCUGUUUGUCUGCACCAAAAAUCUCAUUAUCCUGGUGGUGGCACUGCUGGGCUUCUUCACGGGCUCCUAUGAGAGUCUCAAGCAGAUUGUCAAUCACUUUGGCGAGAUGAAUGGUUGAGGGAGCUGAUUAGGAUCAUCAUCAAAGGGAGAACCAAAGUAUCCAUCACAGCAUCAUUCAUGAACCAUCAAAGGGAUCGUAUGGAUCGUCAAAAGAACAUUAAAGGAUCAGCGAAGAGUACUCUUUAGAAGAUCAUCAGGAGACGCUUUAAAGGAUCAUCAGAGAAUAUAAAUCAGAGAGUCUAUCAAAGGAUCAUCACAAUAUUAACAGAAAUGCCCAUCGAAUCAUCAGCAAACAAUCCUCACAGUAUCUUAGGAGAGAUAUCCACCUUAUCCGUAAUCAAAGCAAAAAAAAAAAAUACUAUUAAAUAUACAUUCAUAUACGAAUUUAUUCUGACCGAAAUGGAACGAAAAACUACUACUGGUCGAAAA